CAGCACAUGCUCCAAAUGCCCGACUACGACACGCAGGAGAUGGCCCAGGUUUUGCCUUACCCGGCCGUGCGGCCGCAGGUGAGUCGGCUCAGCGCACGCAGCAAACCUUUCAAAGCAUCUGCAGACCUCGCGAGCCGGACUUUCGACAUGCGGAUUGAGGAGUCCAGAACCAACGCCAUCGAGGAGUCCAAGAUCAGAGCUGUGACGGAGCCCAGGAUUACUGUCACUGACGAUUCUGCAAGCAAAACUGCAGCGCCCGGAAUCAAAGCCAUUGAGGAGGCAAAGGUGCCGCCGACCAAUGGCAACAAUAUCAGAGCAUUUCAGGACCGGAAGACCGAGCAAGAACCCGCUAAGGCGCCGGCCGAAG